AUGGCAUCAGCCGUCGUAGACGAGAAGCUGCUUCGUUUCGGCCAGGCCCUCGAGUCGGUCAUCGACGCGGAGAUUGAGAAGAUAGAAACAGACGACAUUCAACAACUAAGAGAGCGACGUCUAAAGGAGCUCAAGCAACAGGCACAGAAGAAGCAGGAGUGGUUAGCAGCCGGACACGGACAUUUCAAAGAGCUUUCAUCAGAAAAGGAGUUCUUCAGUGAAGUCAAAACCUCAGAUAACGUCGUAUGUCACUUCUUCCGGAGCAGCCGGCCAUGUCAGAUCAUGGACAAGCACCUCGAGAUCUUGGCGAGAGAGCAUUUAGAAGCCAAGUUCCUCAAGAUCAACGCGGAGAAGAGCCCGUACCUGGCCGAGAAACUGCGUAUAUUCAUGCUUCCAACGUUGGCCCUGGUUCACAAAGGCAAAGUUACGGGAUACGUUGUUGGAUUUGACGAGCUUGGUGGAACUGAAGAAUUUUCCACAGAAGUUCUCGAGACUCGGCUAGUCCUUGGUGGAGCUCUCGCUGAUGAGAAGCUGUCUGGCAGUAGACCAUCCAAGCAGGCAGCCGCUACCGUGAGACGAGGCGGUGACGAUGGCAGCGAUGACGAUGAUUACUGA